AGUUAUUUGGGCAACUGGACCUUACAAAAUCAUCAUUUUAGAAAUAUUUGUCUCCCCCAAGGAUCCCACUCGCCGCUAAUCAAAUCGAUUUUGCAAAUAAAACUAUUCAUUUGACAAAGAAAACCGUGCAUACAUUCGUUAAAUCGCAAAAGGAUCUCUCACGAUUUUUCAUCAGGCUCGAAAUGAUGUUUACUGGCGGCAAUUCAAACUCCCGCCUAUCGUUACUGUGUGUAUUGAUCACCCCUCUCGUUUUCCGUAAGCCGGGCGUUGACGCCUCAGCGUUUAUCACACCCGAUCGGAUGUCGUACAGCAGCAUAAACAUGAAUAAUCGUAGCCAAAGUUAUCUUGUAUCGGAAAACGACGAAUCGUGUUGGAGUAGAAAAACAAAAUUAGAAAAGUCCUUGAUUAUCAUUUGUUUAUUCGCUGUUGUUCUGUCUCUUUGUCUAAUUAUAGCAAUAGUCGUCGUACGUAACAAUUCAUCUAAUCUUGAUAAGAAAAAAUACGAAGUAUGUGAUAGUAAAGUUUGUCGGGAUAUCGAAGAAGAACUUAUGUCUUCUAUUAACCGUUCCAUCGAUCCUUGCGAUGACUUCUACUCUUACGUUUGUUCGGGAUGGAUCAAAUCCAAUCCACUUCCAGCUACCGAAUCGUCGUGGAACUCCUUUGAUGUGGUAGAACAUCGUGUAAAUGAUCAAUUAAAGAAAAUAUUACAAGAAAUGACUACUUCCGAAAAUGCAAUGGACAUUAAAGUGAGGGAUCUCUAUACAGGAUGCAUAAAUCAAGGAAAGAGAGAUGAAAUCGGAGUGAAACCAUUAAAAGUUUUAGCAAACCAAUUAGGAAGUUGGCCUCUUCUCGGAGGUCCAUUUGACCAUAAUUAUGACUGGACGAAAAGCUUAGCAUGGUCUAUUCGAGAACUUGGAUACAGCGUUCUUAUUUCAAUUGAGGUGUCUGCUGAUUCAAAAAACACCGCAAGAAACAUUAUACAUCUUGACUAUGCCUCUUUGGGUCUUGGAAGAAAAGAAUUAUUGAAUGCUUCCGACGAGCAAUCCUUACGAGAAAUUUCUGCGUAUAAAAAAUUAAUUGAAGAAACAGCAAAUUUAUUGAGUACCACCAAAGAAAAUUCAACUCUUCACCGAGAAAUUGAUGAAAUCGUCGAUUUCGAAAUGAAAUUAGCUACAUUUACUAGACCCGAAGAAGAUCGAAGAAUUCCUGAAAGUCUUUAUCAUAAAAUGAAGAUAUCCGAGUUUGAAAAUUACACAGAAGGAAAAAUGAACUUAUUGACGAUUUUGAGUGAAGUGUUCCAAGAUAUAGCAAACAUAACUGAAGACACGGAAAUUAUUGUUGUGGAACCAGAAUCUCUGAAAAAUAUAUCGAAAUUCCUUCAAACUGUAGAAAAAAGAAUAAUAGCUAAUUACAUAGGAUGGCGAACCAUAAAUAAAUACAGUUCUUUUACCACGAAAAUCUUUCGAGAAAAGAAAUUUGAAUUCUUGAAAGUCAAGAAAGGUUUAGAAAAAAUGGAUUCUAUAGAAAAUGUUUGUAUAAAGGCUGUCGAUUUUGAAUUGAGUUAUGCUCUGGGUAAUAUCUUUAUAAACCGUACGUUUAAUGAAGACACUAAAAUUGAGAUCGAAAGAAUGAUUGAAGAUAUACAAGAAGCCUUUAGUUCUUUCCUCACUCUUUCUGACUGGAUGGAUGUUGAAACAAAGCGAAAAGCUAAAAAAAAGUUGCACGAAAUGAUACCUUUGAUAGCUUAUCCACCUUGGAUAAUGAAUGAAACAGAAUUAAAUGAAUACUACGAAAAGUUAGGAGAAAUCAAAGAAGAAGAAUUUUUUCAAAGCAUUUUAAACAUCGAUAAAUUUGUCAUGUAUAAAGAACUAAUUAAGAUUAAUGAGCCACGUCAUAGAGAAAAGGAUAGUUGGUUUGAAUCACCUACAACAGUAAAUGCAUAUUAUAGCCCUGAUAGCAAUACCAUUGCAUUUCCUGCUGGAAUUUUACAGUUUCCAUUUUUCAAAUUUGGCAUUCCAACUGCCAUUAAUUAUGGAGCAAUAGGCACAGUUAUCGGUCACGAAAUUACUCACGGAUUUGACGAUGAGGGUAGUAAAUACGACCAAUUCGGAAAUUUACGUCACUGGUGGCCUUCGAAAAUCGAACAGACAUUCAGCAACAAAACAGAAUGCUUUGUGAAUCAGUAUAGCAGUUACGAAGAUCCUCAUACUAAUAUGAAGUUGAACGGAAAAAAUACUUUGGGAGAGAACAUUGCAGACAACGGAGGACUUCGAGCAUCUUAUAAGGCAUAUCAGUUAUAUUUGACUAAAUAUGGAAUGGACAACAACAAAAUGUUACCUACAUUAGGAUUAACUCCGAAUCAAUUAUUUUUCGUAGGAUUCUCUUAUCUAUGGUGUAUGAAUCAACGAACAGAAUAUCUUCGUAAUUUAAUUGAAUAUAAUCCGCAUAGUCCUGCCCAAUUCAGAGUUUGGGGAACACUCGCUAAUAACGAAGACUUUUAUAAAGCAUUCAAAUGCAAUUCGAAAUCAAAAAUGUUUUCGGAGAAGAGGUGUCUGCUUUGGUGAUUCAACUAUGCAAUUUCAUAGAUUUAAUGCGGUGGAAAUAAAUUAAUUUAUUAUUAUCUAGUUAUUUUAUGUAUAAAAUAAGUAUUAUUAAAAACAUGACACAUUAUAUCUAUUACUCACGAUUAAAUACAUUUUAAUUCACUUUCAAAGUUCUAUUUCUGUAUUUUCAUGUUAAUAAUUUUGUAUAUUGCAAACAUUUAAGUUCUACUUUAAUAAUUCUAAUGAAAGUAAAUGAUUUUUAUAUACUUUUGAAAUUAUUUUGAUCUGUUUAUAGUUUAUAUAGAUUUUGUAAUGUUGAAAUAAAAUUACACCGUUCUUGAAAAUGUUGGGAAUAAAAUCACAUUGAACAAAAA